CUGUACGGCGACGACCUCGACGACCUGGACCAGAAGUGGGCGGACAAACAGCGCGGAGGCCGCCAGUCCGACGCGAUCCUGAGCUGCCCGGGCUGCCUCGAGAUCGUCACCAUCGACUGCCAGAAACACGCGCGCAGCGACGAACAGUUUCGCGCCAUGUUCGUGCAAAACUGCGUCGUCACCGACGCGACGACGGAGCUGCGCGGCUCGGAGGGACAGCUGGACGUGCCGGACGAGGACGGGCCGUACCACGAGGUGAAGUGCGAGACGUGCGACACGCUGGUGGGGGUGCGGGACAGAGAGGAGGUGUACCACUUCUUCCACGUGUUUCCGUCG